ACGAACCCACUGUCCCCCUUCUCCCCGCCCCCAGCUCCAGGCUCUGUCUUCUCUUUGUACUUGCUUAGCUUAGCGCCCCCCCUUCCCUUCAGUCUCUUCUGACCAAGCCUCUCUUCAUUUCCUUCUUCUUCUUCUUCUUCUUCUUCUUCUGUUUCUCCUUCUUCCCUCCUUCCCUUUAAUCAGUAUACUACUUAACUACUACUACUCAUUCAGCUUUCAGGCCAUCAGCACUGAUUCAAAGGUCAGCAAGUAAGUACUAAGCUAGCCGUACUUCAUCCAAUUAACCCAUCCUUGAAGGGCUUCCCAGUGCUUUGCCUUAUUGUCAGUCUCAGAACCAUAAGGGGAAGGAAGGAGUAGUAUAAGGAAACCCAUUUCAUCAUUCGUCAUGCACUCAUUUGGAUUUUUGUGUUGUUGUUCUCUCUCUGUGAAGAACAAUUAUGCCUUCCCUGUGUCAGAUCUGAUCCGACCAUGAUUUCCCUCUCCCUUUCAUCAUCUAACCCUGUCUCUGUGGCGGAUAACAUUUUAGGGCUUUUCUACAUUUGACAAAGAUCCAAGAAGCUGCCGUAUGUCUCAGUCUCACUAUGUUUCAUGUUUUGAGGAGAUAAGGUCUUGGAUUCCAUCUUCAUCGGCGAUAACCGAUAAGCACGGCGAGGUCGGAAGGAACUAAGUAGAAGGGAAGGGACUUGUUUGGUCUAUAUCGAGCUAAAACAGGAGCUAAGAAAUUAUUAGUUUUAAUUGUAUUGAGAUUGAUAUGGCGAAUCGAUGGUGGGCGGGGAAUACUUUCCACUUGAAGGAGCCAGAGUUCGCGAACAACCCCAGCAGCCCUAGCAAUAAUAGCAAUAACCCUAACUCCAAUAGCAGUGGGAGCUUUCGGAACCAUGAGGAGGACCGGCUUGAUCAGGAGCCACGUGAUAGCGCUGAUCGGGACAACCUUGAGGAGACUCCUGGGAGUGGGGGAUGUGGCGGCAGUGGAGGUGGUGGGAGCAGUGGUCGCCGGCCUCGGGGCCGCCCCCCGGGGUCAAAGAACAAGCCGAAGCCCCCGAUCGUGGUCACCAAGGAGAGCCCCAACUCAUUGAGGAGCCAUAUACUGGAGAUCAGCAGCGGGACUGAUAUUGUUGAGAGCAUAUCCACCUUUGCUAGGCGGCGUCACUGUGGGGUUUCCGUCCUAAGUGGUAGUGGUGUAGUGGCUGACGUGACCCUCCGGCAACCUGCUGCCCCUGGCGGGGUGGUGACCCUCCAAGGGAGGUUUGAGAUUCUGUCCCUCACUGGGGCGUUCUUACCAGCCCCUUCCCCGCCCGGGGCGACUGGGCUGACCGUCUACUUGGCAGGCGGGCAGGGGCAAGUCGUUGGUGGCACAGCAGUGGGACCGCUUGCAGCAUCGGGGCCUGUCAUGGUGGUGGCAGCCACAUUUGGGAAUGCAACGUAUGAGAGGCUUCCCCUUGAGGAUGAGGAAGCCGAGGCUGGGGAAGGAAUGCGCUUGGAACCGAAUUCCGGUAAUAAUGGGACUUCCGGGUCACACCAUCAAGGUUUAGGAAGAGGAGGAGGGGGCGAGCAUGGGUCCAUGCCUAUCUACAAUUUGCAUCCCAAUUUGGUUCCUAAUGGGCAAAUUCCUCAUGAGGUGUUCUGGGGUUCUCCAACUCCUCCUCGGCCACCUCCUCCAUCGUUUUGACAAUGAAAAUGUUUCCUUUACAUGGACUCAAGUCCUGGAAUAUGGUUUUGAGGCAAGUGAUUGUAUCUUGCUGCUUGAGAAUCGGAUGCAGCUGCACCUUGUUUUUUGUCCAAGAUUCAUCGCAAGGUCAUUUCAUUCGUUUCCAUGGUACCAAGACAUUCACCGGCCUAAUGAAGUUCAUUUGCAGUUUGGAAUCAAAUUCAUGCCACGAGUUCCGUGUACUUCCCAUUCACCACAACAUGGGAGUUCUCCGUGACACUCUUCCAGGAAUUGUUCGUGACCUGUUUAUUAAUGGUGUAAGAAAUGGUUUUAAAUUGUGCUUUAUUUAGAGAUAGUUCAUAGAUUUCCGAUCGGAAUUAUAUUAGCUUUAGGAGAUCUUCUCUGACAUCAUGUUAGAUAUGGGAAGGAAGAACUGAUCUUGACCAUUCUUGUAACAAUAAGAUGGUAGCUGUUAAGACUUGGGCUCUUGUGUCUUUUGGUUUGUUUUCCAGAUGCAAUAUUUGUUCUCGAGUUUGUUCUUUUGGUAGCCCUUGAAAAUUAGAGAACAAUAACAUAUGUCAUGAAAAUUUCUUUCUUAUUUAGGUUUAA